CAUUGGUCAGUCAAACCAUGAGUUUCGCCAAACUUUAACUGAAUCAAAGUUGUAGUAUUAAUAAACAUAACUACAAGUGAACUGAUUAUAAUUCAAGUAGCAGCUCGUAAUAACACAAACAACAUGGAAAAGUGGGACACAUUCGACGUAGUUUCAGACGAAUCAGAUCACCGAUUCGUUCUUCAAAACAUUGGUAGAAACUGUUUUACAGAUUCAAAGUGUCAGGUAUAUAAAACCAUCAUGAAAGAGUGGAAAAUCCUCCAAAAAAACCUACCCGAUUCAAUCUACGUUAGAGUCUAUGAACGCCGCAUCGAUUUACUCCGUGCCGUCAUCGUCGGUGCCGCCGGUACACCUUACCACGACGGUCUCUUCUUUUUUGACAUCGCAUUCCCUUCCAAUUACCCAAACAACCCUCCGCAUAUUUAUUACCACUCGUUUGGUUUCGGUCUCAACCCAAAUCUAUAUUCUCACGGCCUCGUUUGUUUAAGUCUUCUAAACACGUGGAUCGGUAAAAAAUGCGAAAAAUGGAACCCUUCUAAUUCAACCUUGCUUCAAGUUUUAGUUUCCAUUCAAGCAUUAGUUCUCAACGAGAAACCACUGUUUAAUGAACCUGCUUAUCGUCUAUUGACUCGUUCAAUCUUUGAAGGAAAGUCGCGUGCUUAUAACGAUUCUGUUUUUGUUCUAACUUGUUACAGUUGUUUGAGCAUAAUUCGUAAUCCACCUGCAAACUUUGAAGAGUUUGUUAGGAAACACUUUCGUGAGCGUGGGCAUGUUAUUCUCGCAGCGUGUAUAGAGUACGCGAAUGGGCGCGUGAGGGUUGGGUAUUAUGGUUACAACAAGAUUGCAUCUUCUUCGUCGAAGGUUGUUAAAGUUUCGGCGUCUUUUCAGGGAUCGUUACGUAGUGUUUACCGCGCUAUGUACAAACAGUUUGAACAGUGUGGUGCUUCAUUGGAGUCUUUUUUCGCAGAGUUGGAGUUGGAGAAAAAACAGAAUCGACGCAAAGAUGGAAGUGGAAUCUUUAAGAAAGCAAUGGGGAAGAUCAAACAAGCUUUCGGAUGGAAGAAGGAGAAGAAAAGUACCUAACGUAACGGAAUUAUGGACGAGGCUCGUGAAUGAUCCAGAUGUUAUGUAUUUUACAACUAGUGGGUGUGCACGCAGGGAACGCCAACAAAAAAAAAA